AUGUCUUCUGGUUUCGGUACUCGUGCUGUUCAUGCUGCUCAACGCCCUGAUCCUACUACAGGCGCUGUUAUUCCCGCCCUUUCCCUUUCUACAACCUACAAGCAAUCCGCAGCUGGUGUUCACACGGGUUUCGAAUACUCUCGAUCUGGAAAUCCUAACCGUAAUAACUUUGAAGAAGCCAUGGCUGAACUCGAAGGCGCCAAGUACGGUCUUGCCUUUGCUUCUGGUUCUGCUACGACAGCUACCAUUGUCAAUUCACUCGAGAAAGGUGCUCAUCUUAUCUCGGUCAAUGAUGUCUACGGUGGUACCUACCGUUACUUUACUAAGGUUGCCAACAAGCUCGGCAUCGAAGCUACCUUUGUUAACUUGAGCGACCCUGCCAACAUUGAAAAAGAAUUCAAGCCUAAUACCAAGUUAGUCUGGAUCGAGACUCCUACUAACCCCACACUCCGUGUGAUCGACAUCAAGGCCAUUGCCGAACGUGCCCACGCUCAUGGUGCUCGUCUCGUUGUCGAUAAUACCUUCAUGUCUCCUUACUUCCAAAACCCCAUCAACUUGGGUGCUGAUAUCGUCGUUCACUCCGUUACCAAGUAUAUCAACGGUCACUCUGACGUCGUCAUGGGUGUCGCUGUCAUGAACGACGAAGAAACUUAUGAACAACUCAAGUUUAUGCAAAACUCUCUUGGCGCUGUCCCUGCUCCCUUUGACUGUUUCUUGGCUCGCCGUGGCUUGAUGACCUUGGAAGUACGUAUGCAACGCCACGCCGAAAACGCUCAGGCCGUCGCCGAGUAUCUUGAAACAAAUCAAUAUGUUGAUGAAGUCAUCUAUCCCGGUCUUCCUUCUCACCCCAACCAUGAAUUGGCCAAGAGACAACAACGUGGCUUUGGUGGCAUGAUCUCCUUCCGUAUGAAGGGCUCCCUUGACAACGUCAACAAGUUCCUCCAAAACCUUCACCACAUCACUCUUGCUGAAUCUUUGGGUGGUGUCGAAUCUCUUGUGGAAGUCCCUGCUAUCAUGACCCACGGUUCUGUUAGUGCCGAAGAUCGUGCUAUCUUGGGUAUCACCGAUACUCUUGUUCGUGUCUCCAUCGGUAUCGAAAAUAAGGAAGAUUUGAUUGCUGAUCUCAAGCAAGCCUUAGAAAAGGCAUACUAA